AUGUAUUUGGGAGAUAGUCACGUUCUAUUGAAUACCUUGUGCUGGUGCUGCCAUCGAAAAAUCUGGUUACACUCCGGGGAGGCCUGCCGCCUCUGCAGGACUGCACCGCCUCGGCCCUGAGAUGAGUGUCCGGCCUGAGCGGGCACACCAUGAAUAGAUACACAACGAUCAAGCAACUCGGGGAUGGAACCUAUGGUUCCGUCCUACUGGGACGAAGCAUUGAAUCUGGGGAACUGA